AGAUAAAGGAAAUGAGCAAUAAACCUAAGUAAAAUUAAAUGAAAAUUGAUUGUUAAAAAGAUGAAUGAAAGAAAUUCCUAAUACAACAAAUCAACCAUAAGGGCGACUAUUAGCAAUCCGCUUUGCUUGGUCGAACUGUCGAACCACACACCUAUCCGAAACAGCUUGUCCAUCAUUGGUCGAUUCCGUCCACCAAUCAGAUUGCUUUUGAAAAAAAACAGGGGUACCUCUACGCAAAUAUAAAUACAGGUGCCCGUCUCUGAGAGGAUCAUUCUUGCAACGGAUUUCAAAGGCGCAACAGCUCCAGCAACAGCAGCAGACCGAGCGGCAGCAGCAGAACGAGCGGCAGCAGCAGAACGAGAGGCAGCAGCAGAGCGAGCGGCACUUGGAAGUCGGCUGAUCUCGACGACGGCCACCGCUCUCGUGCAGCACUAGAGAAGCCCAGCUACUUUCGGCCGGCACUCUAGCGGCAGCAGCCGAACAAGCGGCACCCGACGCGAAGCGAUGGAAAACGUGGAGCGGGACGACGACAAUGGCGCAGUCAUCCACGUUGUGAGAGAAUCGAAAUCGACUAUGAAAAAGCGAUUGCGAGCUGCCCUUGAUGAAAAUGAAUCAUUGCGGGCUCGCAUUGCUCGGCUCGAAGAAUCAGUUUUAGACAAGCAAACUGAUUGCGAGGAGGAUUUCUCUGAGGACGAUACCGAUGUGAUGACUGUUGAUAAGAUGUCUGAAAAUCGCGAUGAACCGGCGGUCCCGAGAAACGACGUGAGUUUGCUGACGACCAUGAGCAGCUGGACAUUGAGUACGAUCAAUAUACCUGAAUGCACUCCAUCGGAGGGAGAGAGUGAAAUCGAUAAACGCGCAUACGAGUAUUGGAAGGACACAUUCAUUUCCUCCAUCAGACUAAUUAACGCUACCGAUGAGCUCACUUUGUUCGGGCUUUUCAAAGUAAAAGCGGGACCGAAGCUGCGUGAAAUUUAUCAAACAACGGUGUCCGUUCCAGAGAUGUCUAGUGAGAUCACGAACCCUUUCUCCAAUGCCAUGGAGCGUCUUGACGAAUAUUUUGGCUCACGAACAUACAUCCUAGCACAGAGGGGCAAACUGAUGAACAUGGCACAAGCCCCUUCAGAACAAAGCAUCCAGUUCGUCAGGCGUGUGGGAACUGCUGCCAAGUUGUGUAAUUACACCGACGAAGAGGAAAUGGAGGCCGUUGUGCGCGUCAUCACGAAAGGUGCUUUGGAUGCCAGGGUCCGAGUUCUUGCCCAUCGGAAUUGGGUAAGACAGGGAUCGAUGAAGGACCUGAUUGAUCUGGUGAGAGAUAGAGAGCUUGAGAAAGCAAAUGAGGAAGAAUUUCAGCGUAGCCACAGCCAACAGGAGUGUAAAACGAUCGCAGCUUUCUCGCAGCAACCCCGGCAAACUCAGAACAACUACAGAUCUAACUUUUCCGAAAACUGGCGGUUCGGACUCAGGGGACGACAUGGAUCAUACCGAGGACGAGGUCGUGGAUUGCCCAAUCGCGGAUUUCAACAUAACCGAGUGCAUGGAAGUGGUAAUAACUGUUGGCGUUGCGGCAGCAUUUACCAUCAUCCCAAUCAAUGUCCAGUGAUCCAAAAAGUUUGCCGUAAUUGCGGUAAAGUGGGCCAUAUCGCACGGGUAUGUUCGGAAGCGGUAGGUCAAGCGGGACCAUCUGGAUCUCGCAAGCGUCGAAAUGAACUCCGCGAGGAAGCGGUUAACUCCAAGAUUGCAGCUAUCGAGGAUGCAGGAGACAUGAAAGAUGAGGUACGAGAAGUUGAAGACGUUUCGUCAUAAUUUGAGUUUUUUUUUUGAGCAUUCUUUUAUUAUUUGAUGCAAAUAAAUGAAUUCGUUAAGCAAAUAACUAUUUCAAAUAUGAGAACAGUUUCUUCAUGCUAUAUUUUUUUCUUUUCAAAAUCUAUGCAAGAACUCUUAAAAAAUGAAUGAAUUUACUGCUUCCAGACUACACAAAGGAUUGUAAAUAAAACGUCAGAUACAUCCGACGGCAACAGCACUUUAAAGCAAAUGAGGUCGUCACGUGUUAUUCAGAGAAUCGUUACCGAAAGCACGGCUUACAUCGACGCCCUUGUGGCGAAAACACCUGUGAAAUUUUUCAUUGAUUCAGGGGCCCAAGUUAACACUGUCACGAAGCAGGAUUUUGAGCGAAUUCUGUCCAAUUCAGACAGUAAGGACAGCAUACUCGCGUUGGAGUAUUCUUCGGACAAGAGGCUCAAGGCUUAUGCUUCUGAUGGUGAAGUAAAGGUAGUUGCGAACUUUUCGGCCGAAUUGAUUGUUUCUGAAGACAGACCAGUUUCAAUCGAAAAAUUUUAUGUUAUUGACGAGGUUCGAUCUCUAUUGGGAUUUAAUACGGCCAUACGAUACAGCGUUCUGGAUGUGGGUUUAAAUGUUCCAGUUAAUGAUCUCCAUAUGAACUACCCAUGGAAAUGCGAACUCAACGCGUUUUGCUACCAAGUACAGAACCACACCGAAGAGUUUCCAAAAUUCGGAAUACCUCCAGUUUCAUUAUGCUACGACAAGACCAUGCCUCCUUCCCGUAAUGUCUACACCCACAUACCGGCUGUAUACAAAGACCUCACUAAGAAAAAGCUACAGGACCUCUUAUCUGCUGGUAUAAUCGAAGCAGUUACAACCGAUAUGGACCGAUCAUUUUGCUCGUCGUUAUUGGUCGUUCCUAAAGGAAAAAACGAUAUCCGCCUAGUAACAGACCUCAGAGGACCUAAUCGGUGUAUUUACAGAACGCCCUUUAAAAUGCCGACGUUUGAGUCCAUUCUUCUAGAGCUUCACGGAGCGCAGUGGUUUUCAACCAUCGAUCUGUCAAGCGCAUUUUUCCACGUGGAGUUGAAUGAAGAUUCACGCCAUCUUACGAACUUCUUUGCUGGUGAUCAAAUGUACCGAUAUCGGCGACUCCCAUUCGGUCUAUGUAAUGCGCCGGACAUCUUCCAGGAGGCGCUGCAGACCGUUGUAUUGGCCGGAUGUAAAGGGACCGUAAACUAUCUGGACGAUAUUAUGGUAUCGGGACGGACAAAGGAGGAACACGAUGAAAAUCUAGCGAAGGUCAUGGCAUGCCUAAAAAACCAUAACGUCAAGAUAAACGAAGAAAAAUGUGUUUUUGGCAAGCAGUCCGUCAAUUUCAUAGGAAACACGAUCUCUUCUGAAGGAUGGAUGGUUUCAGACGACAAAAUUGCAGCCAUAAAAGGGUUUAGAAAUCCUGAAACUAUUGGCGAGGUUAAAAGUUUUUUGGGAUUAAUUAACUUUGUGGAUCGUUUUAUUCACAAUCGUGCGGAUAAAACUCAAAGGCUCCGAGAACUGGCCAAAGCAGUACAUUUUUAUUGGAACCAGGAACUUCAAAAUGAGUUCGAGUACCUGAAAAACGAUGCCCUGAACGUUAUCACCAAAUUGGGAUAUUUCAACAAGGACGAUAGAACGGAAAUAUACGUGGAUGCAUCGCCCUACGGCUUGGGAGCAGUGCUGGUGCAAUUUGACGCCAAAUCGGUACCGAGAGUGAUUGGAUGCGCGUCCAAGACGCUAUCGGAGACGGAACAAAGGUAUCCGCAGACACAACGAGAAGCUUUGGCAAUGGUGUGGGGAAUAGAGCGUUUUUCUAUGUAUUUGUUGAGCCUCAAUUUCACAGUAAGAACGGAUGCCGAGUCUAAUGAGUACAUUUUCGGAGGUUUGCAUCGUAUCGGCAAAAGAGCUGUCUCGAGGGCAGAGGCUUGGGCGCUGAGACUACAGCCAUAUCGAUUCGAUGUUAAACGAGUACCGGGCGAAACAAAUGUAGCGGAUGCGCUUUCUAGACUUGUUGAAAGAUCCCAAACAGCGAAAUCUUUUGACGAUGCGGACGAGAAACAUUUGCUGUACUUCCUGGACACGGGCAAGCUCGAAAUAUCGCUGAACGAUAUUGAGUCUCACGCACAAGAUAACGAAGAGAUACGUCGAGUGAAAACUGCGAUCAAAACCGGAUUUUGGGAAACUGAUUUGCGACGUUUCGAAUGCCAAGCGAAAGAGCUACACGUUUUUGGAUCCUUGCUGUAUCGAAACGAUCAGAUUGUACUCCCCAGUACUCUGCGGCAAAAGGCAAUUGAUUCUGCUCAUCAAGGGCACCUUGGAGUAGGUUCCACAAAAAGAAUUUUGAGGGACUUCUUCUGGUGGCCAGGACUCAGUAAAGAUGUGGAAGAUCGCUUAAAGCAAUGUGAAACGUGUCUGCGAUUGUCUAAAAGAAAUCGACCGAUACCACUGAGCAGCAGAGAUCUCCCAAGCGGCCCCUGGGAAGUCCUUCAAAUUGACUUCUUCACCGAUAAAUGCUUUGGGACUGGAGAAUUUCUGGUGAUAGUGGAUACGUAUUCACGUUACCUCCACGUCAUUGAAAUGAAAUCUAUGGACGCAGAAACUACGAACACAGCCUUGAACAAAGUUUUCCUGAAUUGGGGUUAUCCGUUGAUUUUGCAAAGUGACAAUGGUCCCCCUUUUCAAAGCUCCAAAUUCGUCAAAACCUGGGAAGAAAAAGGCAUCAAAAUUCGAAAAUCGAUCCCACUGAGUCCACAGACCAACGGUGCUGUGGAAAGACAAAAUGAAGGCAUCAAAAAGGCGUUAGCAGCGGCCAAACUGGAUAAUGUGGACUGGAAGCAAGCUCUUGAUAACUACGUACAUGUGCAUAACAAGAUAAGGCCUCUUUCGAGAUUGGGCGUCACCCCGUUCGAGCUUUUAGUAGGAAGAAAGUUCAGAGGCACAUUUCCUUGCAUGUGGCCAGGCACAUCAGAUACCAUCGACCGGCAGGACAUUAGCGAAAAGGAUGCCAUGUCCAAGUUGGUAAGCAAGCAAUAUGCAGAUGCGAAACGCGGUGCCAGGCCAUCUGAUUUGAACGUGGGGGACAGAGUGUUUUUGACUCAGAUGAGACGUUUCAAAUCCGACCCAAACUUUGGCAGCGAAAAGUUUACAAUUGUAGCAAGAGACGGGGCAAAAAUAGUAGUUCGCAGCGAUCGAGGUGUCCUUUUCUCUAGAAACGUAGCAGAUGCCAAACGAAUUGAAGAUUUGCUCGAAGAAACAAACGUUGAAAAUAAUUCAAGUAUGGAUUGGGACUCUUCAUUGGGUAAGAAAUCAAUAAUAUUUGUUUUCCUUCACGUUUUCAAAAUUUCUGUUCUAUUUUCUGCAGAGUUGCCCGCAGCAGAUAAUCAGGAUAUGAUCACAACUUCUAUGUAUCAACAUCCUGGUGGCAAAUCAAUAUCAGAGACGCGUGACGAAGGAAGUUUCGGACAAAGCAAUGGACAGCCAAUUAUUGCUUGUAACGAGCGACCAAAGCGCCAACUACGAAAACCUAAGAGAUUCGAUGAGAUGUUGCUGUAUACAAUUUUUGAAUAAGUGUGGAGGUGAGAUGACAUGUAGAGAUAAAGGAAAUGAGCAAUAAACCUAAGUAAAAUUAAAUGAAAAUUGAUUGUUAAAAAGAUGAAUGAAAGAAAUUCCUAAUACAACAAAUCAACCAUAAGGGCGACUAUUAGCAAUCCGCUUUGCUUGGUCGAACUGUCGAACCACACACCUAUCCGAAACAGCUUGUCCAUCAUUGGUCGAUUCCGUCCACCAAUCAGAUUGCUUUUGAAAAAAAACAGGGGUACCUCUACGCAAAUAUAAAUACAGGUGCCCGUCUCUGAGAGGAUCAUUCUUGCAACGGAUUUCAAAGGCGCAACAGCUCCAGCAACAGCAGCAGACCGAGCGGCAGCAGCAGAACGAGCGGCAGCAGCAGAACGAGAGGCAGCAGCAGAGCGAGCGGCACUUGGAAGUCGGCUGAUCUCGACGACGGCCACCGCUCUCGUGCAGCACUAGAGAAGCCCAGCUACUUUCGGCCGGCACUCUAGCGGCAGCAGCCGAACAAGCGGCACCCGACGCGAAGCGAUGGAAAACGUGGAGCGGGAC